AUGAAUCCCAUAUCGCUUUACAUAACUACGUCUAGAUUGGUGUUUCAGUCUGAUUUGUCUAGCGAACUUGAAGACUUGAAUCGGUUAUUACCCUACCUGCGUAAAAGUCUUAGUUGCGUUGUAUGCUACAAGCUACUAGUUGAACCGCAGAGCCCAUCAGCAACCGGUUGUCAGCAUCAUGUUUGUCGCGUUUGUGUUGGCAAGCGCAAGAAGCUUAAGCCGGUAUGCCGCUUCUGUAAAGAUUUCUUCCAAUACCGGGAGAACAUGCAGCUACGCAUCCUGUUGCAAUGCUACAAAAGCAUCUGUUUGUAUAUUCGUACUAAACCGAUUUACACUGAGAUUCAGAAGUGCUCCACGAUACAGUCAUUGUCUAAAGGAAGCGUACCGGGUGGUAGCCGAGGAGUGCCCCCCAAUAGUCUUAUGGAUUUGAUCGAGGAGGGUGCAGGGUUCGUCGAUGUUUUCCAGUGCAAUUCCGGACUGUCCAGAUCAGCUUAUUCCAUACUACCGUGCAUCUUCCCGGUACCAGUCGUGAGCGGUACCUACGACAGGCCUGAUAAUUGCAAAUCUCCUUCACAAAAGCUCAAAUUAAAAUUAAAAGAGUCAGUACAACAGGUGGUGUACUCGCAAUUACACGGUUCGCAAGAGAAACUACGGCAACCACAGGAUUUACAACUGCAGCCACCGCUACAAAAACUACAGAAAUUACAAAAAUUACAGCAGUCAAAUAAAAAACUUAAUGUUCAGCAGCAACGACAAAAACAAUUACAACACGAGCGGCCUUUACUUCAUCAGAAUUUGCAACGUCAAAAACUUCAGCAUGAACAUCGACGACAACUUUAUCGACAGCAACAACAAUUCAUAUUAAUACAAAAACGAAAACGUCAGCAGAAAAUGGGACUUCAGCAGCAACCGAAACAACAUCAGCAGUUACAACAGCUACAACAUCCGCAAAAGCCACAACAUCAAGAUCAACAACAGAGACAAUUGCUACAGCAUCAACAACAGGAGCAACAUAAGUUACAACUUCACCAACAGCAGCAACAGCAACAGGAAAUCAAGUAUCAACAAACGCCGAUCAAGACGGUUUCUAGUGGUUCCACAAUGUACUCGGUUCUUUAUGCUGGAAAUGGGAACAAGUUCACGAUCAAGCGGAAGCCGGACGCAUCGUCAAUUUUAAAAACAGUUGACGCCCAACCGAUGAAGAUGGUAGCGACGAUGGUUUCGGUGGCAACUACGUCACAACAACCUCUCAUGUCUUCGUCCCAGACACAAUUGGCUCAAAUGAAGCCGUGUUUGUCGGCAAUUGGACCACAACGUCACCCGCAAUCAACAACCACGCAAUUGCCACAGCAAGUACAGCAGCAGCUACCUCAGCAACACUUUAUUCAACAACCUUCUGCACAACAAACAAUAGUUUAUAAGCACGAACUUCAGCGGCAAAACUCACCACAAUUUUCGCAACAGAUGCAACAAACCCGACAACAGCAACAAUUGAUACUUCAGCAACCGCAACGACAGCAACAGUAUCAGCAAUUGCAAAAAACACAACAGUUUCAUGUACAACAAUCUCAAUUAUUGCUACAUAAACCACAAUAUCAGCAGCAAUCGCAACAACCACAAGUUUUACAGCUACAACAAUUGAAUACGCAGCAGUUGCAGCCGUUGAAAUUACAGCAUCAGAUGCAAUUGCAACAGCAACCUUUGCUAGAACAACAGGAAGCUGUGCAGCCAUCGCAACAGAACCUUCCGCAACGACAACAAUUUCAGCAACAACAGCAACAACUUAAGCGGAAAGGUUGUCGCUGUGGCAAUGCAACCCCUACACCUGGAAAGCUUACAUGUUGUGGCCAGCGCUGUCCCUGUUACGUUGAUUCAAAGUCUUGCAUUGAUUGUAAAUGCCGUGGUUGUCGCAAUCCACACCGCGCCGACGGUUUGAAGAUCCGACGUUCUCUCUCAGAGCUGUUGCAACAAUACAACACCACACAUGUUCAGGGACAAGGUUCUGUCGAAGUGAAGAAGGAGUCCACCCAACAACAAGACAUGCAAGCAGGGGUAUCUAUGAGUGGUGUACCAGGUGAUAUAGGUGAAUCAGCAGUGGUCGUUCCAAACAUAACGUCCGUAACUUACUGCCUUAAUGCGGUGAAGGUAUCUACAGAACCGAUCACCACUGUUGCCUCGAGAAGUUUUGGAGGAUCGAAGGUGAAGAUUAUUAGUGCCGGUCAUCAAGCGGCAGCACCAGCAAUGGUUGCCGCUAUGAAACCAAGAUCGGCAACCCCUGUUACAACUACCACUUCGCUCCUUAAGCAGGACUUGAGCAAACAUCCUAUAACUAGUGUGUUACCUUCGGCGCAUUGUAUGCCUUCGUCGAACGAAAGCGGUUUUAGUAUUCGGCCGAUUCUGGGGAGCUACGUGAACGAAACUGCAUCGUCCCUUAACUAUCAUCCAGUUACUAUAAACUCCGUUUCUUCGACCGCUUCAACGGACACUACUAGUGGUCUAUCCUCGUCUUCGAUCAUGACUCCGCUUGUCGGUAUUAACAGCACGAAUACUAUUGUACCGCUAGCAAUUGACCAGAAACGACCAGAAUCGGCUAACGGAGGAGGUUUUGUGUUCCUCUAG